AUGGAUGAGAGACUGUCGCCAGUCGGUCAACAAGAGACGCAAGCGAUGCAUAUGCAUCGACUAAAACAGUAUAAUGAAGAGAUGCUCAAGAAGCUUCGUAGGUUUCGUGAUGUGCCUGCUGAAGAAGCCAGCAAGCUGGAAAAUAUGUUGAAGAGUCCGUUGACAGUCAAGGAGAAACAAUUGGACGAACAACUCACUGAAUUUUUUAACGAGUUCACCCAUCUUGGUAAGCAAUCGAGCAGCAGUGCCGCAAAGGAUACAGAGAACCACACUCUUAACAUAAGUCAACAGUUGAACAAAUACCCAUUUUUGGAACCUUCUGCCAAUGACGACCCUUACACACCACAGGAACUGUUCUUACGCCAAACUAAUCAUGCCAAAAAUUCAGCGAGGCUAGGUGCAGAUAUCAAAGAUGUUUACUUUCCUUACAAAGAUGUCUCGAGCCCGUUAUCAAUUGAAAAGAUCACUCUGGAAAGAUUGAUGUCUGCAGGAGUCCACUUAGGUCAAUCCACUUCCCUAUGGAGAUCAUCGACACAGCCGUACAUAUAUGGUACCUAUAAAGGUAUCCACAUAAUCGACCUGAAUCAGACCCUCUCCCAUCUAAAAAGAGCAGCAAAUGUUAUAGAGGGCGUUGUCGAAAAUGGUGGUAUUGUGUUAUUUUUAGGGACGAGGGAUGGUCAAAAGAGAGCUCUGGAGGAGGCUGCAAAGAAGACAAACGGCUAUUUUGUGUCAUCUAGAUGGAUUCCAGGGACUUUGACGAAUCCCACAGAAAUUUCAGGACUUUGGGAUAAAAUGGAAGUAGAUAUGCUAGACAAACCUACUGGCCGCCAACUAACCGUUGAUGAAAAAAUGUGCAUUGUGAAACCAGAUCUACUUGUUGUACUGAACCCUACGGAUAAUCGAAAUGCUCUUUACGAGGCAAUGAAGACCAGAAUUCCCACAAUUGGUAUCAUUGACACGGAUUCUGAGCCAUCCAUGGUCACAUACCCAAUUCCAGGAAAUGAUGAUUCCUCACGUUCAGUCAAUUUGCUGUUAGGGGUUUUGGCUAGGGCCGGUCAGAGAGGCUUGAAAAACAGGCUAGAGAAACAUAGCCCCACUUAA